CUACACACCCGUGUUUAGUGAUUAGGUGUACCAGAUAGUCCAUGAUAUUACCGUAUAACGUGGUUGCGCUCGCGUUACUGUCUCUAAGCCAUAAUGGCAGGAUCGGUGAAGGACAUGAUCCGUGCCAUACGGAGCUGCAGAACGCCAGCAGAAGAAAAGGCGGUGAUAGCGCGUGAGUCGGCAGUCAUACGGAAUGCUAUAAAUGGCAACUCCUCCUCAGAAAGACGUAAGAACAUUGCCAAGUUGCUGCUGAUACACCUAAUGGGACAUAGUACACAUUUCGGCCGCAUGGAAUGUGUGAACCUAGUGGCUUCAGGUAAGUUCCCGGAUAAACGGAUGGCCUACCUGGCACUAAGUCUAAUACUCACCGAGGACUCGGAGUUCUUAACACUGGCAAUCAAUUCCAUCAAGAUGGACCUAAACGGCGGUAACGUCUAUGCCGCCGAGGCGGCAUUGAACCUAAUGUCAAAUCUAGGUAACCAGGAAAUGUUUAGGGAGUUAUACUACGACCUCGACCGUUUAGUGCGUUCCCCUGAAGUUAAUAUCCGCAAAAGAGCUAUCAUCUGCAUAGCUAGGAUGCUGCGUAAAUUAGGCCAGGCUAAUCUCGUACCGGGUCCCGAGGCCAUGGAGUUAGCGACGAACUACUUCCACAUGAUCCCAGUUUUGCUGGGUGACCAUAACCAUGGUGUUAUUAUGGCAGGUUUAAACCUGCUUGAGGUGAUAAUUGAGUAUUACCCCAAGUGCUGCACUUUCAGUUCAAUCUAUGACCUGCUUCUAAAGACGCUGCACACUAUCUGCAAUGAACCCAGUGGCGGGAUUGGUGUGAUGUUUGGUGGCGGCCGUGAUUACGAAAUAAACGGGGUCACCGACCCCUUCCUUAAGGUCAAGUUGCUAUCGCUUGUACGGAUAGUUUACCAGCGUUGCCGGGACGAACUACCCGGUAACCAGCAGCUGUAUGACGCAAUAUCACAGGUUAUUAAGGGAGCUACCCUCGCCAAUAACGCGUCGCACUCCUUGCUCUACGAGUGCGUGCGCACCAUAUACAGCGAAAUGGACGACCCGAAGUUCAACCAACUGGGUAAGGAUGUCGUCCAGAAGUUUAUAACCACUAACGAUAACAAUAUCAAGUACAUCGCACUGGGUGUCCUGAACAACCUGCGGGAUGUCACUUUAGUGGUUGGCGACAAUAACUGGAACAUCGUGGUGCAGUCGCUGCGCCAACCUGAUAUAUCAAUACGACGCCGUGCACUGGAGGUAACCCUAAAGCUGAUGUCACGCGACACCGUCAAGCCAUUGAUGCAGCAUUUGUACGACUUCCUACUCGCGGCAAAUGACGAGCUUAAACGUGAGAGUGUAACGAAAAUAGAAGCUGCACUAAGGAUACAUUCAAUUAAUGAAUUCUACCGUUUGGAAACAAUGGUCAAGAUAUUCUCCAUCGCUGGUAACUGUGUGUCCGAGACUAUUUUGCACUCCUUUAUCGCAUCAGUUUCCGCAAGUAGCCAUGAUACCAAAGUGAAGGUCACAACCAAGCUGUUUUAUAUAGUACCGAACAACCUAGGCCAGGAUGCACUGGUACGCGCUGCGCUAUGGUGUCUCGGAGAAUACGGCCACCUGCUACCUCCAUUGAGCCACAUUGAUGUCAGCCCAACUAGUGUUGUGACCUCCAGUACAGCCCCCAAAAGCGAGGCUUCGCCCUUGGAUGACCUUCUAGGCGGAUUGGAUGAAUCCGUACCAACUAACGACGCAUCGGGACCACCCAAUACUAAUACUGCAUCGCAGGUGGUCCACGCCCUGGAGCCUAUAGCGCGCCAUAUAGUAACGUGUUCCAGUAAAUCAGGUGGCGACUGCAUUAACGGGGAGUAUUUGCUAACUUGCCUGGGCAAGUUGGCAUGCCAUGUACCGGGGGAGAUUGCAUUCAUAAUGCGUAUAGUCAAGCAGUUCCGCCGGCAUGUAAAUGCGGAGUUGCAGCAACGUGCUGGAGAGCUGGAGGCCUUGCAUGAACAGAACAUGCUGGGAGUGGUAGUUACAGGCGACUUGCAGCUUAUAACCCCGAGUAUCCCAGCAAGUGCACCAACGGAUAAACCAGUUACUAUCGAAGAUGACCUUUUAGGCCUAACGGAUACACCAGUAAACAAGCCAUCAGCACAGAAAAUAGAUACACUAGACUUCAUGUCGUUUGAAUACAAGGAUAGCACAAAAAUUAAGAAUAACGAUGAGUUCGGAGACUUGCUGCCCUUCUAGGUUACAUCAGCAGAGCCGGGUACACGAAAG